AUGAAGGUCGUCGUGGUCGGCUCCGGCAUCGGCGGCACCUCCGCCGCCUACCACCUGGUCAAGGAUGGCCACGAAGUCGUGAUGCUCGAGAAGAACGCGACGCUCGGCGGCCACACGUACGAGAUGGAGAUCGACGGCGAGAUGGUGGACAUCGGCUUCAUGAUGUUCGGCGACUCCAACCCCAACAUCAAGGACUGGUUCAAGUCGCUGGGCAUCACGCAGCCGGACGGCACCACCAAGAAGCGCAUCCCCAUGAGCCUCACGGUCACGUCGGACGUGGAGGGCGACAUGCAGUUCUCGUCGCGCGCCCCGUUCCACGGCAGCAUGCUCAACCUGUUCGACACCCGCAUCUGGCGCGUGCUCAUCGACAUCUACCGCUUCACGAUGGACCUCAUGACCAUGCCCGUCAAGGAGAACAUCACCACGCGCGAGUGGGCGGCCAAGGGCCGCUACUCGAACGAGUUCUUCCGCCACUACUUCCUGGCCUUCGUGUCCAUCCUCUGGACGGUGCCCAAGCACGACGUGCUGGACCUGCCCGUGACGCAGUUCCUUCGCUGCCUCAAGACGCACUCCAACUCGCUGUACAUUCCGCUGUGGCAGGUGAUUCUCGGUGCGCUGGGUCGUCGCACGGACCGCCCCAAGCACCUCUGGUGGUACAUUGGCUCGGGCUACAUCGAGCCCUUCCUCAAGCUGUUCACCGAAGAGUACAAUGGUACUGUGCGCUACAACGCGAAGGUGGACCAGGUUGAGAAGGGCGGCAAGGCUGUCAUCCUGGAGGGUGGAGAGCGUAUCGAGUGCGAUCACGUCGUGCUGGCCACGCACGCCGACGAGAGCGCGCACAUGCUUCGCUGGAGCGAGAAGGCGCACCGCUCGCUGAUGCGCUUCCACUUCCACAAGAGCAUGAUGUACGUGCACCGCGACCCGAUCAUGCUGCCGCCGUCCAACAAGGUGUGGAGCAGCUGGAACGUUCUCAUCACCAAGGACGAGCAGUACGUCUUGACCUACUGGAUGAACCGCAUCCAGCGCCUCAACAGCAAGAAGGACGUCUUCGUGACCAUCACGCCGCACGACUUCCAGGGCAAGCGUCCUUCUCCUGAACAGACCAUCUCCGCUUUCCGCUGGGACCACCCGCGUCUGCUCGCGGAUUGCGUGCCACAGGACGAGAUCAUCCAGGAGGAGGGUAUCACGCUGUCCGGCGCCUGGCUGGGCCGUGGCUUCCACGAGGACGGUUUUGUUGCUGGUCGCCGUGCUGCUGCGAUCGUUCGCGACCCCAAGCACAAGCGAACGGCGCUGUACGAGGACCCGGGCAACAUCGCUGUCCCGCCUGUGCCUCCUUUCGGUAUUCCUCUCAGCUUCCACCUCGUCGGCGCCACCGUCGUCGGCCUGGUGGGCUACGGACUUGUCAAGCUGCUGGAAAAGAAAUAGAGCAUGUUAAUGUUGUCCUCGGUUGAUAGCCUUGUCAGAUAUGCACGGAGAUACUGUGUGUAUUCAGUUUUCAGCAAUAAAGCAUAGCGAGUUACCAUUG